CAGCUGUUAAGGUGUGUCACUCUACCAUUGGUCCAACCAUGGUCCAACUCAGAGCUUGAUGACUGAAUUUCUUUGGUACAACGUUCAACACUAUUUGAUGCUGUUUUUCAAGCCAUCACUAUAGUUUCUUCCAAUUUAAGUCAACAAUUGAAGCUCUUUCACAAAGCAAACGAGUUGGCUGAAAGAGUGACAGUUGAGUCAGUCUUAAAGAAGAUCAGCCAGAGACAUCUUGAAUGUCACAUCUGCAUGGACCGCUUCAAGGAGCCCAAAAUGCUGGAGUGUUCUCAUUCAUAUUGUCUGGAAUGCCUUCAACAACUUGCAGAAACAAACCCAACUAGUCAUAAGCUUAUAUUAUGCCCAGUGUGCCGUGCUGAAACUUCAUGCCACCAAAGCAAAGAUCUCCAAGAAGGCAGAUGAUGGGAUUACCAAGGAGGUUACAAGGAUCAAAGAGGAAGAGAACAAACUGAUUGAAUAAUUAACCAAGACUUAUAGAGACAAAGCCACCGAAAUGGAAACUGCAGAAGCCACAAACAACAAUGAAAUGACAAAAGCACAGAACGGGAAAGUUUUGGUUAAUCAACUCAUGGUUAAGGUGAAUUUUUUUGAGAAUCUACGUCUCAUAGAGAAUCUCUUGCAAGACAUAAAAGACCACACAGAGAUAAAACCUAAACAAUUACCCAGUAACUUGACUUUUGACCUUGAAGAUGAUCAGAAAUCAUUCGGGAGACUGAGAAUCAAAGAAAAACAGAAACAAAAAGGAGCAACUUUUGCUGCAGCUACAGCUUGCAAACCCCGGAGAAAACUGACAUGGACACUGAAAACAGAAAUGACAAGAUGUAUAAACAGCGACCAACAAAAGCAAACAAUCUGCGCAUUGGAUGCUGCUUCAUAUUGCAAUAGCGAUGUUGUUGUCUGUAACUACAACGGAACCUUGAUCAAAGUAUUUGCAUCCAGCAAUCAAUCCAAGGUCAUCCAAAAAGAGCUGUCAAUUGCCGGUCUCAAUAAUCCAAGCAGAGUGACUGUGAACAAGAAGGAUGAGCUCAUUGUUGUAGAUAACACUGCAGUUUAUAGGAUCUUCAAUAAAAAGUACAUUGGUCUCCAUCAGUUCACACAUGUACAUCCAUUCUUCCAGCCAUCCUGUAUAGCAGUCGAUGACGACAAUCUGAUAUCAGUUGGAUAUGAGUAUCAGGGUGAAAUCAAUCAACACAAAUCAGAUGGAUCCCUCAUCAGAACUCUGCCUGCUCCAGGGAUUAAUAAUAACCUGACUAUCCACAAACGUCAACUCAUAUACACCAAGAUCAAGAAUGGCAAACAAAUUGUAUCAAUUGACUAAGCAUUCUGCUGCCUUGAUCACUACUGAUUUUAGUAAAGCUUUUGAUCGUAUUGACCAUCACAUUUUAAUUGAAAAGUUCAUUCAUUUAGGUGUGAGAACCUCUAUUUUACCAUGGAUUUGUAGUUUUUUAUCUUCUCGUUCACAGGCAGUGUGGUAUAAUGGGACACUUUCAAACUGGGAAACCUUCAAAGCCGGUGUCCCACAAGGUACCAAAAUUGGACCGAUUGCCUUUUUGGUCAUGCUUAAUGAUUUUGUCACUGAUCAUCAAGAGGUUACUCACUAUAAGUAUGUAGAUGACAUGACCCUUAGCCAGUCUUUUAAAAACUCUGAGAAUGCUAUUGGUUUGCAAAACGAAUUAGACUGUCUCCAACAGUGGGCUGACACUAACAACAUGAAAAUCAAUCCUCCCAAGUGUCAAGCUUUGAGUAUUUGUUUCCAACGCACCCCAGCUGUACCACCUAGUUUCCAUAUGGUAAUUCAGCCAUCACUAACACAAGCUGUAUGAAAAUUCUUGGGGUUCAUCUACAGAGUAAUCUGAAAUGGGAUACCCAGAUAAAUUCAAUGUGCAAAGCCUUCAACUAUAAAUUGUACCUUCUGCGCCAAUUAAAACGGUGCUGCACUUCUAUUGAUGAUUUGUUGAGUGUAUGUUAGACCAACUAUUGAAUAUGCUUGCCCAGUCUGGUAUUCAAGCCUCACGAAGUCUCAACUUGGAUGCCUUGAAAAGUUGCAGCGCAAGGCUCUUCGUAUUAUCUUGUCCUACGAUUACUGUGAAACUAAGUCUUUUGCUGAAAUGUAUUCUCAGCUUGGCCUCCCUGCCAUGGAUGUUAGACUUGAGCAGCUCUUCGUUAAUUUUGGUAAAUCCCUCCUCACUUCUGACAGAUAUAAACAAUGGCUUCCCCCACCUAGAAACAACAACCUGAGAAAUUCCAAUAAACUUUGUACAAUUAAAUGUAGGACUAACCGUUUCAAAAACAAUUGCAUCCCCUCCCUAGUUGUGCUGCUCAAUCACCAAUAAUUGUUCUGUUCUGUAGAUAACUUGUUUUCAUUGUGUAAAUGUUUGUAAUAUAUACUUACAGUUUUUAAAUUUUAUAUUCACAUCUACUCUAUUUUUAUAAUCUCGUAUUGUAUAUUUGCUGGUUU